AUGGUCGCAGUCAGCAACACGUCUGGUUCUACCGAUGUCACCACUCAGGCUUCAUCCCUUGAGCCAUUAUCCCAAAUCAAAGUCGUGCAGGACACAUCGAACAGUGACACUGAUCACCAAUCAUCAAAUGAUGGCGAUGGCGAUGAUGCCUCAGAAGCUUCAUUAGAAGACAUAGCAUUCGACCCAACACAUUGCCUCUUCUGUGUCAAGACCUGCGAAAGCAUCGACACAAACCUCGAACACAUGGCCAGAUCCCAUGGCAUGAUGAUCCCUUCACCGCAUCAGCUCACUGUUGACCCAACAACUCUGCUCACAUAUCUGAACCUCGUUAUCUCGGUUUACCACGAAUGUCUGACCUGUGGCACACAAAGACGCAAUGCCCAAGCAAUCAAGCAGCACAUGCUUGGANAAAAGCAUUGUGCGUUCGACAUCUCUGACGUGGAGUCCGAGUACCGAGAGUUUUGGGACCUGGAGGGAGAAGGUGCAGGAAUUAAGAUCGACAGCGACAACAUUACUCUGCCUUCAGGGAAAGUGGUCGUAUCUCGUUCUGUGCGAACCACGCAGCAACAUAAACGAGCAUCAGAAUUAAGCGCGACGCCGCUGUUGUCUUUCAACUCAACACCCUUGGAGGCUUCAGACCUCGAUACUCCUUCGUCAUCCAGUCAAGCUCCUCACAAGCAAGCACUCACAAGACAAGACGUGCGGGCUUUGAGAGUCGAUAAACAGCUCAGCACGCUGAGCUCCAACGAUCGUCUUGCUCUCGCACAUCUUCCUGCACCCCAACAACGUGCAUUGUUGCUCGCCCGACAUAAGCAAUUACAAGCGACCAGACGACAGGAAAGGGCUUUCGAAGCAAGGCUCCAGCGGAAGAACAAUCAGACUUUGAUGAAACAUUUCGUGUCCGAUGUGCCGGGCCCGAAGCUUGGUUGA